UGGUCAUUAAACAUCUGCACCGAAAUCAGAGUUAAAGAGCUGAACGUCUGAGCAUGAAACAGCAGAAAUAAUGAUUUCUGCAGCAGUCACCCCUAACAUUCCUCACGCCUCUCCAGGCAGGAAGGUCGCCUCUUAUCCAUGAAUCAACUGUUGGAAACACUUUCCCCCUCGUUUUCCCUUAAGCAGAGCUUUUAUCUGGAGGAUCAGCAGAUUUUGAGGAAACGCCUGUUUUUUACAUGAACUCGCAGACUGUCUGAGGCGGAAACACCCGAGUCUCCAAUAUUCAUCACACCGAGUUUCUGCAAAUGUGAGCAGCCUGCAAGGCGUUGUACGUUACUGCAGAAAAAAAGCCUCCUCUAAAAAAAGUGAUUAGAUCAGCCUUCUGCCACCCAGAUGAGCUUCUGAUACCACAAAUUAAAUUGUUUUCACUCUAGUUCUUAGAAAUUCCAAGUUAUCUCUCCCUUCCAAGAUGGCCUGCUUUCUUCCCAACAACUCAGUCACGUCAAGCCAAACAUGUGUCGCACAAAACCUGACCUCAAUGAGCAUUUUUAACGCCUCUUUCAUUGGAAUCGUGUCUGUCAUCGGCAUCGCGGAAAACCUCCUCAUCCUGGCUGUAGUGGGCUUCCGUGUCAGUCGCUCCAUCAUCAGCGUCUGGAUCCUGAACCUGGCAGCGUCGGACCUCAUGGCCACACUUACCUUGCCCUUCUUCAGUCUGUACCAUGCCAGCGGACAGUCCUGGAUCCUGGGUUCGACCUUCUGCCGCAUCUAUUCCUACGUCUUUUUCCUCAACAUGUAUGUUAGCGCAUUCCUGCUGGCCGCCAUUUCUCUGGACCGCUGCCUGGUGGUGAUGCAACCCGUCUGGGCUCAAAACUACCGAAGCAUACAGCUGGUGGGGAAAAUUUGUUGUGUGAUUUGGGGCUUAGCUAUACUCCUCACUAUCCCUUUUUUUAUGUUCCGUGACACCAUCUCCAUUGGGAAUGGCAAGUGUCUGUGCUACUACAGUUACUCCCGGUACCUCCUAAGCGAGCCCGUUGACCUUCAAGCUCUAUGUAGGCACCGCAAAGUGGGUUUGGCUUUUAUGAAGCUGUUUUUUGCCUUCUUGCUUCCUCUUGCAAUCAUCAUUCUCAGCUACAUCUUUGUGAAUUCCAGCUUAGCACAAAGAGGCUGUCGCAGAUCUUUCCGAUUUGUUCGACUUGUGAUAGCUGUGGUGGUGACCUUUGUCCUCUGCUGGGCUCCGUACCACCUUUUCAUUGUCAUAGAAGUGAUGGCUCCCAAACAAAGUUCUGCGCAGAAUGUGGCAACCAAAGUCCUUCCGAUCUCAGCAACAAUUGGCUUCCUCAAUAGUGUCCUCAACCCCAUCCUAUACGUCUUCAGCUGCCCUGACUUGUGUCGUAAAAUCAAACAUUCCUUCGGAGCGGUCAUGGAGAGUGUCCUUGCUGAGGAUCUGGCCGAGUGGACACGGCGUCGCAGCACCGUUCGCAGCUCCAUCAGCAACUCUGAAUAUUCAAUGAAGAAGAAACACUCAGUUUCUACGUCAAGUCCUAAGGACACCGAUUCAGACCAGGUGGAAAAUCUCAGCAACUCGGCUGAGAUCUGAAAUGUGAAUUUGUAAAGAUGAAAAGAAGAAACCGCUCAAUCUCAGCAACAUACUGCAGCUGAUCUCAACAUCUGUUUCAGAAAACAGCGACCUAUGACGCUGUUUUCUUUCAGUCGUUAAAGUUUCUUUCAAAAACCUAGACUUUCUUAGAAUCUCUUAGGUCAUCAAUCAGUAAGGUCUUUAUUUUGACUGGUUGCUUUUUCAUUCAUCUUUAGCUCAGUUUCUUGCGAUUUUACUCAGAAAGGUUGAUUGUGAUGCCUCUUAAAUAUGAGUCAAGGCCCUGAAACUCAAGAAUUGGCCCUUUCGUUUCAACAAAUGACAGAUGACUUCAAAAUAGGCCAACAGGUAUAUUAUGUUUUAUGACUCUAAGGAAAAAUUCAGAAAAAAUAUUUUGGACACUUGUGGAAAGUGUAUUUUGUUCUUUAAGUCUUAGACCAAGAUCUUGUGACCAUUGAUGAGGACAGGAACGUAGAUUGACCUGUAAAUCAAGAACAUCACAACGCCACACCAAUCCACCUAUUGGUCUUCUGCUCUAUUCACUUAUACUCAUUCUUGUAUAACGAACUGAAAUAUGUUAGUGACAAAAAAAAAAAACCCAGAAAAAUACAUUUUUGAGUGACUUACUGCUUUUUUACAGCAUUAAUUUUGUUUUAAAUGUUUAUUAUUCAUGGUUUUCAUUAUUCAUGGAAAACUACCAUGUUUUUUUUUGUUAUUUUCAGGUGUCUCAUUAUAGAUCUUAUCAGUGGUUGCAGGUGCUUUUGCAACUCAUUUAUUUUCCAGCCAAUUUCUUUCAAACAGAUUGACUUUUUGUAAUGCAUGACUCAGAAUCUGCCUGUAAAUCUGCAUCAUGUUAUAUUCCUGUAUGGUUUCAUUGUUAAAAGAAAAUGUAUAAAAAAAUAAAAAACUGAAAAGCAGCAAUGUGUUUCAAUUAGAGAUGAUUAAUUUUCUUCUUCAAACCAGCUUUAUGGAAAUGACUUUUAUACUAAAAGUUUCACUGUGGGAGGAAAUUAGAGUACAAGGAGAAAACAGACAUUUCUGCGGAGCUGAGGUUGAUGCCAUUGUGUUGAUGCAGGCAACACAAAAAAUAACAGCAUAACAUUUCUGUUUUUAAGUACAACUGUACACCGAAACAUUUUAACUUUAAAAUAAAUUGGAUAAUGCAGCAGCA